AUGUUAGUGGUGUUGGGGGGUGGGUUGGUUUGGGUGUGGGUUGUGGGGGUGUGGUUGUGUGUUAUAGGGUGGUGGGGUGGUUCUUGCUUGUGGGGUUGGGUUGUGGUUGAGUGUGAGGGUGGGUGUGGAGGUUUUGGGUGGGGGUGGUUGGUGGGGUGGUGGUGGGUUGUGGGCGGUUGGGGGUUUGGGGGGAUGUUGGGGUUUGUGUGUUUUGUGGGUGUCUGUGUUGGGGGUGUGGUGGGGUGUCGGUGUGUGGGUUGGGGUUGGUGUGGGGGGGUAUGGGUUGUUGGUAUGGGUUGUGGGGGGUGGGGGGGUGGGAGGUUGGAUGGGUGGGCGUGUGGGUUCUGUGGCGUGUCGUGUGGGGUGUCUGUGUUGUGGAUUGGUGGGUGUGGUUGGGUGGGGUUGGUGGGGUUUGUGGUGGUUGAUGGGGAGUGUGUUAGGUGUUGUUGUGGAGUGGUGUGUUGUGUUUUAUGGUGGUUUUGUGCGGAGGUGGUUGGUGAUAGUUGUGGGUGGGUAGUUGUGUUGUUGUGUGUGUUUGGGUGUGUGGUAUGUUGUGGGUGUGGGUGGGGAUGGGUGGGGUUGAGUGUUGUGGGGUGUGUGGGUUAUCGCGGCCUGUUGUGUGUUGGGGGGGUGGUGUGGGUGGGUGGUGUGGGGUUGAUAGUGGGUGGGGUUGGCGGUGUGGUGGGUGGUGGUUGUGUGUGGGGAGUGACGUUUUGGUGUCGUGUGGGUUGGGGGUGUGGGGGGUGUGGGGUGGGCGGGUUGGGUGGUUGGUGUGUGUAUUGGGGGGGUGUGGUGAUUGGGUGGUGGUGGUGGGUGUUGUAUUUGUUAGAGUUGGGGUUGUUGUUGUUGGGUUGUGGGGUUGGGUGGGGAGAUUGUGGGGUUGGGGUCGUGUGGGUGUGGUGUGUUGGUUGUGGGGUGGGUGUUGAUUGUGGGUGUCUUGUGGGGUUUGGGUAUAGUGGUUGGGGUGGCUUUUGUUGUUUGUGUGUGGUGUGGGGGGUUUUGGCAGUGGUUAGGUUGGGGGGUGGGUUGGGUUGUGGUGUGCGUUGGGGGGGUGGGGUAGGGGUGGGGGGUAGGGGUGUGUUUUGUGGUGUGGGGGUGGGGUGGAUGUGGUGUGGUGUUUUGGUGUGGUGGGUUGGGUGGGAGGUGUGGUGUUCGAGUGUUUGUGGUGGUGAAUUGUUUGUGGUUGUGGGUGUGUUGUUGGGAGUGGGUGUGGGAUGGGUGUGUGGUGGGUGUUUUUAUGUGGUGUGGUGGUGGGCUGAGUGUGGGUCGGUGGUGGGUGAUGUUGAGAGGUGUUGGGGUGUUUUGUGUUGUGUCGUGAGCAGCGUGGUGGUGGUGUUUGUAUGUGUGGUUGUGUUGUGGGUGUUGUGGUGGUGGUGUGGGGGGUUGUUGUGUCUGUAG